AUGUAUGAAGAGAACAGUGACUGUAUGCAGUUGGUGCCCAAGACACAGGGCUGGGCAUCUCAUACACACCGUUCUUCAGAGACCUGCAGCAGUCAAGUGUACCCAGGUCCUCCUCCAGGACCUGCACUGAGCUGCUCCUCGCUCGUAGGUGUGAAGACCCCCUUGUGGAAGAAGGAGCUGGAGGAAGAGACUUGGGCCAGCGAGGCGGCGCAGGAGAAAGCGGAGGAGGGGUCGGAGGAAGACGACCAGAAUCUGACAGCAGAUAGCGCGGCAGAGGACGCGGAGGAGACGCGCCAGGCAGAGACCGAGAGCCGUGAGCGGCUCUCGGUGUCCUACUACCCGCUGCGCCAGGAGUCCAGCACCCAGCAGGUGGCGCUGCUGCGGCGCGCGGACAGCGGCUUCUGGGGCUGGUUCAGCCCGUUCGCGCUGCUUGGCAGCCUGGCUGCUCCUGCCGACAGGAAGCGGAGCCUCCCGGAGGAGCCGUGCGUGCUGGAGACACGGCGACAGUCGCGCCGCUGGGGCUGUGCGCGCUGCGAGAUCCUUUUUUGCAAGAAAUGCAGGAGCCUGCACAGCCACCCGGCUUACGUGGCGCACUGUGUCCUGGAACACCCGGAUCAGGGUCCUCCUAACCUGGUGAGCAGAAGCAUCUCCUAGAGAAAGUAACCUCUGGGUUCCCUCAUCCCUCUGAGAAGUUGCCCCUAUCCCUCAAAUCAUUCAAUAAAACCUCUAAUCAAA